AUGUAUCUCAAAGUUUGUGCUCUGAUUGCACUGCUUGAAGCAGUUAUUCAAACAGUGGAAUCAGGUGCGUGUUGCUGUUCACCAGCAUGUCGAGGAGCUAUCAUGCCUGGUUACCAGCAGAGGCCGGUCCAAAUGCAAGCACCUUAUUGUCCUAUUCCCAAGUGUCCGCCACCAAAAUGUCCUCCAAUACGUCAGUGUCCGUUACCGCAACGACCACGCCCUUGUCCGCAAUAUCCACCUCCAAAACCUUGUCCACCACCUCCUCCACGACCACCUUGUCUGCAACGGCAAUGUCCCCGUCCGCUACCAUGCCCUGAAAAAAUAUGUCCAGUGCCAAAUUGUCCGCCACCACCAUUACCACCCCCUUGUCCUGAAAAACUCUGUCCGCCCGCACCACCUUGUCCACCACAGGUUUGUCCCCCACCUCCGCCACCAGUACCUUGCCCACCUCCCCCACCAGAAAGACCUUGUCCACCGCCUCUACCACCACCACCCUGUCCACCUCAGACAUGUCCACCUCCUCCUCCUCAAAGACCUUGCCCACCCCCUCCACCACCACCACCCUGUCCACCUCAGACAUGUCCGCCUCCUCCUCCUCAAAGACCUUGCCCACCACCGAUCCCACAAAAGCCUUGUCCACUACCACUACCACCACCACCAUGCCCACCCCCUCCUAUACAACAACCUUGUCCACCACCUCCACCACAAAAACCAUGUCCACCGCCACCACCUCAAGUGCCUUGUCCCCCGCCGCCUCCUCCACCUCCACCACCUCCUCCUUGUCCUAGAAUUUCCUGCCCUGAACCUCCACCACCAAUAGUUUGCCCCGUGAUAUCGUGCCCACCUGCUCCACCACCACAAUCUUGUCCACCUCCACCACAAAUGUCUUGUCCAACAAUUAAUUCAUUAGAGCAAGUAGGAAGCAUAGAUGGUGCAUAUGUUGCAAAAAUACCAGAUUUCACUGAAAAAGAUGCAGGCUGC